CGGCGGCCGCCCGAGAGCCGGCCCCGCCGAGCCCAGAGAACAGACGUCAAACUGCCUUAUGAAUAUUGAUGCGGAGGCGAGGCUGCUUUCGUAGAGGAGCAGAAGGAAGCAAGAUGGCUGCCCUGUAGGAUUUGUUAGAAAGGAGACCCGGCUGCGACGGCGGCGGACUGCGAGGCUGAGGGACCAGAACCAGGUUGGUAAACAUUCAGCAGCUUACCCUCCCAAGACUGUCCAUGCCCCUGGUUCCUGUUCUGCUACGGUGCUUGGAGGCAGGAGAUGGACUCGCUCACGGUCUACAGGACAUGAUCCAGGAGGAGCAGUGAGGGACAGUGCUGCUGGAUUCAUUCAAAGGGCAGCCUUGUGGAUGGCCCCGAAGCAAGCCUGAUGGAACAGGACAGAACCACCCAUGCUGAGGGCACCAGGCAGAGUCCAUUCCUGAUAGCAUUACCUUCUCCCGUCAGCCAUACAGAACCUCUGGCUGUCAAACUCCAGAAUGGAAGCCCGUUAGCAGAGAGACCUCACCCAGAAGUAAAUGGGGACACCAAGUGGCAGUCUUUCCAAAGCUAUUAUGGAAUACCCCACAUGAAAGGCAGCCAGAGCAGUCAUGAGAGUCCAGACUUCAUACCUGAAGGCAGAGGGUAUUCCAGGUGCUUACAAAAUGGAGGGAUAAAACGCACAGUCAGUGAACCAUCUCUCUCUGGGCUCCAUCUGAACACAAAAUUGACACUAGACCAAAAAGCUAAGGGAGAAAGUAAUAACUUCGGGGAAAGUCAAGAAGGAAACCCAGGUAAAAGCAGCAGCCACCCAAAUGUCUCUGGUCUGAGUGAUGACAGAGAGCCCGUGACCUCUACAGCCCAGGAAAGCACAGACAUAGAGGCUUUCCCAACACGGAACUACAAUGGAGUUGAAAACACAGAAAUUCCCGAGGAGCAGGAAGGGGGAAAUGACAGGAACGUUCUAUUACUUAAAAACAAGGCUGUGCUAAUGCCUAAUGGUGCUACAGUUUCUGCCCCUUCUGUGGAAGACACACAUGGUGAAUUCCUGGAAAAAACACAGUGUUAUCCAGAUUGUGUUUCCAUUGCCGUGCAGAAUAAUACCACACCUCACGUAAACGCCCUUAGCGGUCAGGCUGCUAUUGAGCUGCCUCGUGAGAUCACUCAACCAUCGCUUACCUCAGCGCAGAUCAAUUUCUCGCAGACCUCAAGCUCCCAGCUGCCUCCAGAGCCAGCUGCAAUGGUGACUAAGGCCUGUGAUUUGGAUAGUGCCAGUAAACCAGCUGGAGUACUAGGUACCUGUGCUUUUCAGAAAGCCGAACACCAACAAAAGUCAGUUUUGGGAAUAGGCCCAUCGUCUUGUGCAGAAAACAUCCAAGGGAACACGAAGCCUUUUGCUGAAGAAUACUAUGCUGGUUCCGACAGUGAUUUGCAAACUUCUCUUGGCAGCUCCGAACAGUGCAUAAAGCAAAAGGAAACCAAUGGUGCUUACUUCGGGCAAAGCUCAGUGUUCCCUGAAGAUUCCAUUUCUGCCACUACCACGACGCCACCAUCACCAUCUCCUCUUGCUCCCCGUCCCGUUCUUCAGCUUCCUUCAGAAGGAAAAGGCACUCUGAAUGAUGUAGCUUUGGAAGAACACCACCGCUACCCCAACCAAAGUGACCUAACUCUUUCAAGGGAAGGGAAAACAGAGCAUCAACCUAAGACGUCAUCUAGCCAGAAUCUGAACACAUCUGUACAUACACCCAACCCCCCCUUGAUGCUUCCAGAACAGCAUCAGAAUGAUUGCGUCCCACAGUGCUCUGAAAAAACAAGGAAAGUGUCAGAUUAUCGCAUGUAUUACCUGCCAAAUCAUGGCCACGGUGGAGAGUUACAAGAAAAUAGCCAGUAUCUGAUGGGACACGGGGAGCCCAAGAUUCUGAAGGAUGCAAAACGCAGGGCAAACACAAGGUUCUGGCCUGCAGCGCCUGGCUGGAUAGAACAAAGGCAUCACAUUUUUAAAAGCUCCAACAGACAGGAAUGCAAGGCACGCCCCAGAUGCCUCGCCUUCGCUAUCAGACCAGCUCCUACCAAUCAGAUAGGCUCCAUACAGUCCACUGGAAGUGUAAACAUGACAGGAGAAUUCCAAAGGCCACCUUACAUCCAGAAAACGGCUCAGCCAGAGCAGAAGUCCCAAAUGUACCAAGUGGAAAUGAAUCAAGGACCCUCUCCGAAUCAAGGACCCUCUCCGGGUAUGGGGGACCAACAUCUACAGUUCCAGAAAACUUCCUACCAGGAGUGCAUCUCCAGGACAGAUCUGCCCCCUGAGGCUCACGGGCCUCAGUAUCAUUUCCAGCAAAGAGUAGAUCCCUCCACGGACAAGCAUUUGAGCCAACAGGCCACAGAGGCUGAACUAUUUUCCAGCUUUUUACAACAUACCCCUCAUAAGCAGGCAGCACAAACACAAGCAUCCCAGAACUCUAAUUUCCCUCAAGUCUGCCAGCAGCAGCAUCAGUUACAGAGAAAGAAUAAAGAGCAGGUGCCUCAGACUUUCUCUCACCUCCACGAUACCAACGAUGAGCAAAGACAGGGCCAGUGUUUUGGCCCAAUUAAAGCGGAAGAAAGCUUUUGUGGCAAAAAUCAGUACUCAAAACCGAGUAAUUUCCAAACUCACAGUGCCCAGGGGGGGUUGGAGCAAGUACAGAAUGUAAAUAGAAGUUUUCCUUAUGCGAAGAUCGUAACACCAAACUCGAGCAAAGUACAAACUCUCUGUUCAAAUUAUACACACCCGGCUUCCGAGAGCAGAGAACAAAAUCUCUUCAUAGGAAAUAAGACCCCAAACCUGCAGAACAUGCAGUGUUUCCCGAAUAAUGUGACCCCAAGUCAGGACGUUGCUCACAGGUGCUUUCAAGAACACGAGCAGAAGCCUCGCCAAGCUUCAUCUCUACAGGGUCUUAAAGGCAGCAACUCAGUGCCUCCGGCUGAAGCAACUCGACCGAGGUAUUUGGUGCAUAUUCAAGCAAAGGCACUCCCUGUGCCCAAGCAAGGAGGAAGUCACACACAGAUCUCCCCUCAGAAGGACACCCAGAAGCAUGCUGCCUUAAGGAGGCUUCUCUUGCAGAAGCAGGAACAGCAGCAAAUACAGCAAUCCCAGUCUGAGUCCGGCCAUCAUCAGAUGCCCAGGCCAAUCAAGAUUGAGCCUGGAUCCAAACCCUCUUCCUGUAAACACCCCAUGUCGGGGCCACAAGAAAAUAUGCCCAAAAGGAUAAAGCAAGAGAGCCCCUUGCUGAGCUGCGAUGGUGCGCGGGGUGCGCGGCCGGAAAGCAUCAUCGAGACGAUGGAGCGACACCUGAAGCAGUUCCAGCUCAAGGCGCUCUGCGACUAUAAGAUCCUGACCCUCAACUCACAGAGACAGGGGGAUGUGGAAACACCUACAAAUGCCCACUCUGCGGGCUCUGAGAACCACACCCCAGCUGCAGAGCCACAAGCGUCUCUUUCAGAAAAGACGCCAACCAAAAGAACAGCCGACUCUGUUCUCACUGACACUUCAGAAUCGCCUUCCGAUUCAGACACUCCUGUAGAGGAUAUCAGUUGCAAAGCGUGCAAAAAUGCAGAAAAAGAUGAAGGUCCUUAUUAUACCCAUCUAGGAGCUGGUCCUAAUGUGGCAGCUAUUAGAACAAUCAUGGAAGAAAGGUUUGGAGAGAAGGGUAAAGCGAUUAGAAUUGAAAGAGUCAUAUAUACUGGUAAAGAAGGCAAGAGCUCUCAGGGAUGUCCUAUUGCUAAAUGGGUGUAUCGGAGGUCAAGUACUGAGGAGAAACUGCUGUGUCUGGUCCGCGUCCGAGCCAAGCAUUCGUGUGACACUGCAGUGAUCGUGAUUGUCAUCCUGCUGUGGGACGGAAUCCCGAAGCCGCUCGCGUCCGAGCUCUACUCAGAACUCACAGAGAUUCUGAGUAACCGUGGCAUAUGCACCAACCGCCGCUGUGCUCAGAAUGAAAAUAGAAACUGUUGUUGUCAGGGUGAGAAUCCAGAAACCUGCGGUGCCUCCUUUUCUUAUGGUUGUUCUUGGAGCAUGUACUAUAAUGGAUGUAAGUUUGCCAGAAGCAAGAACCCAAGGAAAUUUAGGCUACAUGGAGAUGAGCCUAAAGAGGAAGAGAAACUUGGCUCCCACCUGCAAAACCUGGCUACUGUUAUUGCUCCAAUAUACAAGAAACUUGCACCUGAUGCCUACAGGAAUCAGGUCGAGUUUGAACACCGAGCUAUAGAAUGCCGUUUGGGUCUGAAGGAAGGCCGGCCAUUCUCAGGGGUCACUGCAUGUCUGGACUUCUCUGCUCAUGCCCACAGAGACCAGCAUAACAUGGCAAAUGGCAGCACAGUGGUGGUCACCCUCACCAGAGAAGACAAUCGAGACGUCGGAGGGCAACCAGAGGAUGAGCAGCUCCAUGUACUGCCUCUGUACACCAUUGCUACUGAGGAUGAGUUUGGGAGCACGGAAGGUCAGGAGGAGAAGAUUCUGCAGGGGUCCAUUCAGGUUCUGCACUCUUUUCGGAGGAGAAGAGUGAGGAGGUUAGUGGAUCCACCACCCAAGAAUGGCCGACAGAAGAAAUUGGAGGCCAAGAAAGCUAGAAAGCUUUCUUCUCUGGAGAAUUGCUCGAAUAAGAAUGAAAAGGAAAAGUCUUCCUCUCGUACAAGACCGAUGGAAAAUGCAAGCCCUAUGAUACAGAUGACAGCACAACUGCGGCUUUCGGGAUCUGUCAUCCAGCAGCCACAGUCACUCCAGAGGCACCUUCAGCAAGUGCAGAGGCCGCCUCAGCCACAGCCGCCACAGCCACAGCCACAGCCCAUCUUGCCCAGUAACUCUCAACCUGUUGGUUCUCAUCCCUCUGGAUCCACCAAUGUAUACAUGAGACAGCCUGCUCCACUGAGUCCUUACCCCAGCUCUUCACACGCUGCAGAUAUGUACGGAGAAGCCAACCAUGUCAACUUCCACCCCACUUCAUCUCAUGCUGCGGGAUUAUAUUUGAGUCCUUCUAAUUCCAUGAACCCCUACCCCGGGCUUUUCAAUCAAAAUAACCAAUACGCAGCCUCUCAGUGCAAUGGGAGCAUGUCGGCGGACAGUGGGCCCCCUUUCUUAGGUCCUUAUUCCCCCCAGUCUCAGCCCAGGGGUCUGCAUAGAUAUCCAAACCAGGACCAUCUCAGCAACCUGAACUUACCACCCAUCCACACGCUUUACCCACAGAGGUCAGACAGCCCCUUUAAGUACUUAAAUUAUGGAAACCAAACCAACGUGCAGAGAGAGAGAGAUGCCUUCACUAACUGUCCCUUAAAACCAAAUGUACACCACCUACCAACGUUCUCUUCCUACGCCACCCCCAAGAUGGAUGGCCAUUUUAUGGGAGCCGCCUCCAGACUACCGUACAGCCACCCAAACAUGGAGUACAAACCCAGUGAGCAUCAUCUCCCUUCCCACAUGAUUCACGGCUACCCCACGGCAGCGUCAGGCUCAACGAGCAGCUCCAGUCACGCCUUCCACAACAAGGAGAAUGACAACAUGGUCUCCCACACAGCCAAUGGGAUAUCAAGAGUGCUUCCAGGGUUUAAUCAUGACAGAACUGCUUCUGCUCAAGGUCCGUUAUACAAUCUGCCGGACUACAGUCAGGAAAAGCAGCCCGGGGGGUCAGGCCAGGAUGAGGCUUCUGUGGAGGACAUUGAGUUUUGGUCAGACAGUGAGCACAACUUCCAGGAUCCUUCCAUCGGAGGAGUGGCAAUAGCCCCCACUCAUGGGUCGAUUCUCAUUGAGUGCGCCAAGUGUGAGGUCCACGCCACCACCAAAGUAAACAAGCCCAAUCGGAAAAAGCCCGCCAGGAUCUCACUUGUCUUUUACCAGCAUAAGAACUUGAAUGAACCAAAACAUAGCUUGGCGGUCUGGGAAGCCAAAAUGGCCGGAAAGGCCCGGAAAGAAGAAGAGUGUGAAAAGUAUGGAUCAAACCACGUGUCUCAGAAGAAUCACGGCAAACGGGUGAAGCGCGAGCCCACGGGGCCACAGGAAACUCCCAAGCCCAGUUACCUGCGCUUCAUCCAUUCUCUUGCUAUGACCACAGACUCCACCGUGACUACAAGGCCAUAUGCUUUCACUCAGGUCACAGGGCCUUACAACACAUAUGCAUGACGCUGGUCAAUACGCCAGACCACCAAGGACAACCUGUCAGUCAUGUGUCUUUCAUGGUAUGGGCAGUAGGGGCAGGUGCAGUGUGUGUUUGUGUGUAUGUGUGUGGGGGGGAGGGUUGUCAGCUCACCAGCAAAAUAGUUUAUUUUACCAUUAUACUUAAUCUCUACCGACUUCUCUUGGCGGUCACUGGUGACUGGUGGCAUUCGGGAAGAGUAAAGCACCCUGUGCCGAGGGACAGUGGGAAGAAAGCGCUCUACGCUUGUUUUCAAAACCACUGGUUCUCUUACUGGCUGAGGCCAUGCCCGUGACACGCCCCUCUCUCUACUCUACACGUGACCGCUUCUAAUGCCACGGGCGUGUGAUCACGGAGCACAGUCCUGUAGUAGGAGAGCUGCAGGAAUCAUCCGGUGCUGAUGUAGGAAAUACUGGAAUUAGGACUUUUUAACAUGCAGUUUUUACUGUAACCUUAAUAACUUAUUUAUCAAAGUAGCUACAGAAAGCUCAAGUGAAUGAUGGCAAAACACUGAAUUUGUUUGGGUGUUAACAUUAAAUGGUGCUACAAUGGUGUUUUUAAAUAGCUGAAAAAAAUGCCUUUUAUCAUGCAGCCGGUGUAGUCUAGGGCCCCUGAGGAACUGGGGCGCCUUUGAUUCACAUUUCUAUCUAUUACUCAGCUUAGUUUUUUUCAAAUGUGGACAUCUUAAAGGCCUCUGGAUUGAUUGUCAUUGUCCAUCGAUGUCCUUGUAGGACUAUAAACAAUGUGUGCACAUACACACCUACACAUGUGUACUGAAAUGUUUUAAGUGGUGUCUUAGAAGCACUUUGCUUACCUAAGCUUCGGCGACUUGAGCAAUGCUAAGGUACUGAAACUUAAAAAGCAAAAAAAAAAAAAAAAAACAAAAA